AUGAAAGAGAUAGGAUUGACAAUUCUACCGGUUUUUUAUGAUGUGGAUGCAUAUGAUGUACGAAAUCAGACAGGACCUUUUCAAAAUGCUUUUGAUAAUCUCAAAGAUCAAUUUAAGGAAAAUUUGGAGAAAGUUGAAAUAUGGAGAGCUACUUUGAGAGAAGUGGCCAAUCUCUCUGGUUGGGCUUUACAAAAUAGGCAUGAAGCAGAAUUUAUCCAACACAUUGUGGAAGUGAUAUUACAUAAAUUGAGUUCAGGUUUUUCAAGCAUUCCCACCAACUUGGUAGGAAUAGAUUCUUCAGUGGAGGAAUUGUUGACUUCAUAUUUAGGUUUUAUGAACGGUGUUUACAUGAUAGGGAUUUCUGGUAUGGGGGGGCUGGGGAAGACAACUCUUGCUAGAGUUGUUUAUGAUAAAUUUCGUUGUCAUUUUGAAGCUUCUAGCUUUGUUGGUAAUAUUAGGGAAGAGUCAGAAAAGUGUGGUUUGCUUCCAUUACAAAAGAAGCUACUUGCACAAAUUUUGGAGGAAAGAAAUAUAGAUAUAUGGGAUGUAUAUGAGGGAGUUGACAUGAUCAAGAGAAGGAUACAUCAUAAGAAAGUUCUACUUGUCCUUGAUGAUGUUAAUCAAUUGCACCAAUUAGAAAUGUUGGCUGGAGAGCAUGGCUGGUUUGGAUUGGGGAGCUGGAUCAUCAUAACAACUAGAGAUCAACAUUUGUUGGUCCAACAUGGGGUGCAUGAAGUAUAUAAGCCUAAUGGACUAAACCAUGAUGAUGCCUUAAAACUUUUUUGUUUGAAAGCCUUCAAAAACGAGCAACCCCAAGAAGGUUACAUGCAGCUCUCCCAAGAUGUUGUAUUCUAUACUAAAGGCCUUCCGUUAGCUCUUAAAACUUUGGGUUCUUUUUUGGUUGGAAAAACAAUAGAUGAAUGGCUAAGUGCAUUGGAAAAUUUUAAAAAAAUUCCCAAAAGAGAAAUAUUUGACAUACUUAAGGUAAGUUAUGAUGGACUAGAAAGAAUGUGGCAAAAUAUAUUUUUGGAUAUUGCGUGUUACUUUAAAGGGGAGAGAAAAGAUCGUGUUAUAGAGAUAUUAGAGAAUUGUGGUUUUGAUGCACGAAUUGGUAUAAGUGUACUCAUCGAUAAAUCUCUCCUAAGCAUAGAAAAUAAAAAAUUGUGGAUGCAUGAUCUUCUACAAGAAAUGGGUAGAGAAAUUAUAUGUCGAGAAUCACCUGACGAACCUGGAGAGCGUAGCAGAUUGUGGCUUUGUAAGGAUUUGUUUCAUGUAUUGACAAAUGCCAUGGCAACAAAAACAAUUCAAGCCAUAGUCCUAAACAGUUAUGAAUGUGAAAGAGACUGGAAUUUUGAAGACUUUCUUGAAGUUUUUUCAAAGAUGUAUAAUCUUAGAUUGCUUAAAAUUCACAAUGUGCACAUCCCGAAUGGCCUCAAUCAUGUUUCUAAUGGCCCAAGAUUUCUCCAAUGGAUUGGGUAUUCUUCAGAAAGUUUGCCAUCCAGUUUCCAACCAAAAGAGCUUGUUGAACUUAAUUUACAGUCUAGCAAAAUUAAAUAUCUCUGGGAAGGAGUCAAGGAGUAG